ACCUAUCAGUUGAUGCGCGGACAGAGAAACCCUAAUAAGAACCCAAAAACCGCAAUCUAUAGCGUUUCAAAAAAACGAAUCCUGUCCCCAUUUUUUUUCCCCUUCAUUUCCGCCCAAAUCCCCGCCCACAUUCUUUCCGACCUCGAGAACUUGAGCCCUAUUCGGAUAAUGCGUCCGCUCCCCCGCCGCUUUCUCCACACCCUUCUUCAUUCCAGCUUCCUCAUGGACGGCUCCAAGCGCCUUCCGGUGAGAUGCGCCGCCGCGGGAGUGGUGCCCGUCUCCCCUUGUCGCCUUCUCCAUCUCCGCACCAACCGGCGCCUCCUCUUCCAGAGCCUACGGAGUCCCAACUCCAAAUAUCUUCCGUCUUUCCUGAAAUCAGCUAGGUUUUGCUCCGUUGGCCCGGUCAUGCCCAACAAAACUGUUCAUCUGCCAAAGCCGGAAGCUAAGAUGGUUGACACAGAGCGACUUGCCCGAUUAAAAUCUAAGUUGGAAGAAGUAGGAAUUAAGUGUGGUUCUUGUCAGCCUGGGCAGUAUUCACACAUGACAUGCCCACAG